AUGUCUAUAUCUCAAGUGCAUUGGUUGACAUGUAUUCGAAAUGUCUGGAUAUUGACUCAGCUACGGAAGUAUUUAGAAGAACUGAGGACAGAAACACAAUCUGUUGGAAUUCUAUGAUUGCAGGCCAUGUCAACAACAUGCAGCUGAACUUAGCUCUUGAACUUUUCUGCGAUAUGCUAGAAGAAGGUGUUGAACCAAGCUCAAUAACUCUCAUGAUACUUCUCCUCACUUGUGGUAAUAUGACAGCUUUGAGAUUUGGAAGAGCAUUACAUGGCUAUAUCAUAAAGACUCAGCUUGAUGAGUCUGAUAGUACCCUUGCAAGUGCCUUAGUAGGCAUGUUUGCUAAGUGUGGUAGUAUCAAGGAAGCUAAAUCAGUGUUUGACUUUGAAGUUAAAAGAGAUGCUUUGCUGUGGAAUGCCAUGCUAUCUGCUUAUUCAACUAAUGGAAUGCUCAACAAUGCCCUUGCCUUGGUUGGAGAAAUGGAGUUAGUGGGCGUCGUGCCUGAGAUUUGAUGUUCAUUGUGCUUUCUUCCAAUGAACUAUGAGAUAGCCAAGCUAAAAGGCACAGUUGAACUAGUCUUCAGUGACUAGAUGCAUUCCCUGUUGAGAUUUGAUGCUGUUGGAUCAAGUGAGAACUCUUGUGCAGCAUUUGCAACAACUCCAAAGCACCAGCCAAAUGCAAUUUUGAAAGUCAGUUUCUACUUUGGUCCUGCUAUAUAGCCUCAUGCAGUUUUGGCUAUUGAUACUCUUAAAUAAGCUGUGGUAGAUCAUGUUUGCACUGAUCAAUCGGAGGAUAUAUGCGUCAGGUGGUCACUUUUCUUCCGGUCUUUGGAGGGUCUGGAUGUCCUGUAGAAGCAGAAAAGAAGGUUGAGCUGCUGGGAACUAUCUACAUUAUGUCGAAUGACCAAACACUAUUUAUAGGCUCUACCAA